GGUGCGGCGCCGGCAAGAAGGUCGGCAGGUAGUCACUUCCGCUGGGGCUGCCCUCUGCAUCCGGGUCAGCUACGCCGCUACCGCUACAGCUGCAUCUGUGGCCGGGGUCCUGGGCUCGAGUCUACACUGCGGUCCGAGGGGAGCGGGCUCCGCUCGGCGCUACCUUCUGCGACCUGGCCGUCAGCCCCACGUCGCCGGCCUGGAGGGGCGAAGAAGACGAGGGGGCCAAGGCUUCCUCCGGGGACAUUGGCUCUCUGGAUUAUCGGGAAUUUGUAGUUGACAUUGAGUCCAAGCUGAGGAUGGAAGGUGUAGAACUUAAGGAAGAAUGGCAAGAUGAAGAUUUUCCAAUACCAUUACCAGAAGAUGAUAGUAUCGAAGCAGAUAUAUUAGCUGUAACUGAACCAGAGAACCAGCCUGGCUCACUAGAAGUUAAUGGAAAUAAAGUAAGAAAGAAACUAAUGGCUCCAGACAUUAGCCUGACCCUGGAUCCUAGUGAUGGCUCUGUGUUGUCAGAUGAUUUGGAUGAAAGUGGGGAGAUUGACUUAGAUGGCUUAGAUACACCAUCAGAGAAUAGUAAUGAAUUUGAGUGGGAAGAUGAUCUUCCAAAACCCAAAACUACUGAAGUUAUUAGGAAAGGCUCAAUUACCGAAUACACAGCAGAGGAGGAAAAAGAAGAUGGACGACGCUGGCGUAUGUUCAGAAUUGGAGAACAGGACCACAGAGUUGAUAUGAAGGCCAUUGAACCCUAUAAAAAAGUUAUCAGUCAUGGAGGAUAUUAUGGGGAUGGAUUAAAUGCCAUUGUUGUGUUUGCUGUCUGUUUUAUGCCUGAAAGUGGUCAACCUAACUAUAGAUACCUGAUGGACAAUCUCUUUAAGUAUGUUAUUGGCACUUUGGAACUAUUAGUAGCAGAAAACUACAUGAUAGUUUAUUUAAAUGGUGCAACGACUCGAAGGAAAAUGCCUAGUCUGGGAUGGCUCAGGAAAUGCUAUCAGCAAAUUGAUAGAAGGUUACGGAAAAACCUAAAAUCUCUAAUCAUCGUACAUCCCUCUUGGUUUAUCAGAACACUUCUGGCUGUUACAAGACCAUUUAUUAGCUCAAAAUUCAGCCAAAAAAUUAGAUACGUCUUUAAUUUGGCAGAACUAGCGGAACUUGUCCCCAUGGAAUAUGUUGGCAUACCAGAAUGCAUAAAACAUAACAAAAUAAGAGAAGAACAAGCUAGCCCUGGCCAGUGUUGCUUAGCAGUUAAAAGUGUUGGCCUGAGCACUGAAGGGUCUCCAGUUCGAUUCCCGGUCAAGGACACAUACCUGGGUUUACCUGGGUUGCAGGUAUGAAGAAGAAAAGUUAAAAAAGAAACAAAAAAGAGUUGAUCAAGAG